AAAAAGAGUAAUAUUAAAUAGCAAUUCUUACCAAUGAGUACUCGAAAGAAAGGAAAAAGAACGUUUGUACCGGGAGAAAUCAAAAUUAAGAAGGGCCUAGUUAAGAACAAAAUCAAGAAAGUUAAUCUAGCCAACUAUAGAAGCGGAGUCCGGAGCAAUGACAAUACUCCCCACAAGAAGAACCAAUACGUCUCAAAAAGGGAUAAUAAUCAGCCUAAAGAGGGGGAUCUCUCUACAAUGAACGUACCGAGGAUGAAAUAAUACGGACUCCUUGCAAAUGUCGAAGUCGCCUUCUCGUUUUAGAAAUCAAUAUUUUUCACCCAACCAAUCGAGAGGCAGGAACAAGAAUGCAGGCUAUAACUCAAACUUUAGGAGUCCCAAUGGGAGAAAUUUACAAGAUUCGUUUAAUACUAUAAAUCAGUCACACGGAGGAAUGCAGUCAAUCGAUAUGGGAACCUCAAUUUCAACCGUCAACAACUAUAUGGUAUAUCCAAGAGAUAAUAUGGGUAACUCCUUCAAUGACAUGAGUCAGCAUACAGGGCCGGAAGGUCAAAAUUAUAUGCUCUCGAUGUCAACAAACAUUAAUGUUGGAAUAGUCAACAACAAGGAAGUGCCAAAUCAAAAAGUGCAAAGAAAACAGCCGAAUAAUAUGGGCUUAAAGAAGAACUUACAGUCCAGAGGAAAUUAUAGGACCAAAAAUUAAAAGGAGAGUCAAGCCUCAAGGCAUUAAAGAUUACUAUAACUCCAGAGUGCAAGACAGUCAGAACUUUUCGCGCAUCAACCGGAGCAAAGUUCAGGAAAGCUUGGCUGCAGCUUCCGGCUUGUUCAGUCCUGAUGAGACAACUGAGCCCUUCGAACACAAACCCAUCGACAGCCAGAUCGGUCCUCUCCGCAGAGAACGCGACUACUCCGUCGACAGAGCCGGAAUGCGGAACCGGAACGCCAAUGCCGGCUUGGCGUCGCUCGUGUUGUCUCCGGGUGCAGAGCCCGGCAUGAGCCACGGACCGGGGAGGCCGCUGCUGAACGACAGCGUGAUGUUCAAGUCGACGAACGGACCUGGACACAUGGCAGGAGCAAUGUACAAUACAAAGAGCGUCGUCGGAGCCCUCAGUGGCCGACCAGGCGUUUCAUCGCCAGGCAAAGACUCCAGGAACAUCAAGCUCGAUCCAAUCAACAUGGGCAUGAUAAAAUCUGGAAACGCAGGCAAGAGCAUUCUCAGAAAAGAGACCGAAAUCAACCACAACCAACUUGACGACGCUCCAGUAGCCAGGAAGAAAAGCAACAAACGAGCCUCUAAGAAAGUCCACAACAGAAUCACCAUCAGGGAGUCCAGUCUGAACCCGGUGAGCAAUCUCAGUGACAAGAAGAGUCCAGAUGACAUGAGUAAGAACUCUCGAAACAAAGACAGUGAUCACGCUCGUGGUGGAAGCACUACUGGAAGCAGAGUCAACUCCAAUGAGACUCCGAACCCGAUGAGAGACCAGACUCCAUCUCAGCUGACGAGCAAGAAGUCGCCAUCACCAGAAGAAGUCAAGGAACCUCCAAAGCCUAAGAAGCUGAUAUUUCCGAUGGAUACAUUAGACGUGCUUGAGAAUUACCCUGACAUGCUCUGCAGUUACGAGAAGAAAGAAAUCCUUAAGUAUCAGACUGUGUAUUACUUUGACAAGCUUAAGCGAAAAGCGAACAAAGGUCCGGGGCCUCGUACAGGCUCUCACAAUCACGGCUACGACAACGACCAGGGUGAGUAUCUCUUCGAAGACACUGACCACAUUGCUUACCGUUUCGAGAUCAUGCGGAAGCUCGGCAAGGGCUCAUUCGGAGUUGUCCUCAAGUGCAAAGACCACCUCAAGAAUGUGGCUUGUGCAGUCAAAGUUAUUAGAAAUAAAUAAGAAAUUGCAGAAACAAGGAAUGGUUGAAGUAAGAAUUCUUGAGCAUCUUAAAUAAAUAUGACCCUGAUGAUAAAAAGAAUGUUGUUAGAAUUCAUGAAUAUUUUCAUUUUAGAGGACAUUUAUGAAUAGUGUUUGAAAUGUUGUCUCUUAACCUGUACGAAUUUAUCAAGACCAACAAUUUUUCAGGAUUUGGUGUUUCCUUGACAAGAAGGUUUGCUAUUCAGAUCCUAAUUUCUCUUAUUUACAUGAAAGAGCACAAGGUGGUACAUUGAGACUUAAAACCAGAAAACAUAUUAUUGAAAAAGCAUAAUAGAACAGGGAUAAAACUUAUCGAUUUCGGUUCAAGUUGAUUUGAACCCGAAUAAAGUGUAUACAUACAUCCAGAGUAGAUUCUAU